UGUACGAAGCCGGCCAGGCGGGGAGGCGGGUCUUCCCCGCAGGGAGCCCUCCUUCCUCUCCUCGCUCGGUUCCCCCGGAGUCCCCGCCCGAGCGAUCAUGGCCUACAGCCGGCGCGGGGAGGACGCUCAGCCGCAGGAGCGGCUCUUCAGGCUGGUUCAGGAGGGGCGACUAAGACCCCUGCAAGAGGAACUUGGGAAAACGGAGGCCAGCUGCAGCUGGCAGGUGAAAACGGCGUGCCUCCGCAGGGGAGGCGACACCCUCCUACAUUCUGCAGCCCGACACGGGCAUCGGGACAUUCUGGCCUACCUGGCUGAAGCUUGGGAGCUGGACAUCGAGGCCCCGAACCGGGACUACAAGCGUCCGCUGCAUGAGGCGGCGUCCCAGGGACACGGGGACUGCGUGCUGUAUCUCCUCAAAAGAGGGGCGUCUGUGGACUGCCUGAAGAAGGGCGACUGGACUCCUCUGAUGAUGGCUUGCACAAGGAAGAACCUGGAAGUGAUCCAGGUCCUUGUGGAGCAUAGAGCCAAUCCACUCCUGAAGAACAAAGAUGGCUGGAACAGCUUUCACAUUGCCAGCCGGGAGGGCGACCCUGAGAUCCUUCACUACUUGCUUACUGUCUCUCCAGCUGUCUGGCAGACAGAGAGUAAAAUCAAAAGAACACCUCUGCACACUGCAGCAAUGCACGGCUGCUUAGAGGCGGUGAAGUUGCUACUUGAGAGGUGUCAGUAUGAGCCAGACAGCAGAGACCAAUGUGGCGUCACUCCCUUUAUGGAUGCAAUUCAGUGUGGCCACAUCGACAUAGCUCAACUUCUCCUUGUACUACAUGAGGCUUGUUUCACAGCUAAGGAUAGCCUCGGUGCGCAGGCUUUACACAAGGCAGCGGUCACUGGUCAAGAUAAAGCGAUCCACUUCCUAGUCGCCAAUCUUGGUGUUGGCGUUGAUGAGAGAGUCACUUCCACCCAAUACACAGCACUCCACCAUGCAGCCGAGGAGGGACAUACAAGUACAGUGAAAACUCUUUUGUCCUUGGGAGCUGACCUUGAGGCUAAAGAUGGAAGAAAUCGAUCAGCCCUGCACCUGGCUUGUGCAGGUCAACACAAGACCUGCAUUGAGUUUCUUCUUCGAUGUGGACUAGAAGAUUCUCCAGACAUCACAGGGAUCCUGGCUCAAGAACUCAUAAAGAAACAAGACAUUCUUUACUGCUUUGACUAAAAAAUAUCAUGACCCAAGAGAAAUAUUUCAGAGGCAAUGCUUCGAGCUUUCUUGCUGUUUUGGGUUAACAAACGCAUAACUUGAA